GUGUAGCUCACAAAACAGGGACUCGGUGGGAUUGUGCACGGUCCUGUCAGUGACCGUGUGUGAAAUUGCUUUCCUCCGAUGGCAGAAAUAAUGUUAACACUGCUUAAAAGUCAAACUGAUUUUAUGGGACAACUAGCUCGAUAAUUAUGCUUUAGGUUGUUCCAGAGAUUCUCGUUUUGCUUGUCUGACCUUUUAAGCUGUAGGCAGUACAGAGAACACCAUCCCAGUUGCUGUAAAGAAGUCAGUGUCUUGCUCAAGGACACUUCAGCAGGGUGGAUGCUGUUUGUCAACAAAGGGGCUUUUAAAGGCUGCCGAUUGGAAGCUGGAUGCGCCUGACUGGACGGGACGCAUGCGUGUGACGGCCCGGGGCAAACUGGCCUUCGUGAAAUUGGAAGACAAAAUCUCUGGGGAGCUGUUCGCCCAAGCACCAGUGGACGAGUACCCUGGCAUCACAGUGGAAACAGUUAGUGACUCAAGCCGUUACUUUGUUCUCCGCAUCCAGGAUGACAACGGCCGCAGUGCGUUCAUAGGCAUUGGGUUUGGAGACAGAGGCGAUGCUUUUGACUUUAAUGUUGCACUUCAGGACCACUUCAAGUGGGUGAAACAGGAGAAUGAAUUUACCAAACAGGCGCAGGCUCCAGAUUCCACUCCCAAACUGGACCUGGGCUUCAAAGAAGGACAGACCAUUACUCUCAAUAUUGGGCAAUCAAAAAAGAGGGACAGGUCUCGCCCACAGAGCUCAGGUGGCUUGGGGCUUCUUCCACCUCCUCCUGGGGGCAAGUUAGCCCCACCCCCUUCGUCCAGAUCUACCAAUCAUAACACACAACAAUCUGCAGGAGGAAGUGACACUGGUUGUUUGCUAGACCUUGACGCCAGCAAUUCCAACUCAGUGGCUCCAUCCAACGCUGCCACCAUAGCCAGUUCUGACCUGUGGGGAGACUUUGACUCUGUAUCCCCAAAGUGAGGAGAGAUUCAUUUUGUUUUUCUCCCUCUUAUCUCUCUGUAAAUUUAUGCAGCACUUUUUGCAACUUUGUUUUCCCCGUUGUGGGGUCUCGUAUCUCUCCCUGCCAAGCAGGGUAGCCCCCCUGUACUGGUUUGUUUUAUUUUAGCUCAGUUCCUCAUGCCUUUUGUUCUUAGCCAGAGAUACACCCUCACAGUCUAGUCUUAAAUGGGAAGAUGUAGAACCAUAGGCUAUCUCCACCAGCUGAUCGCACUUUCUAUCCCCAUCCUUCCUGGGGAUCCUCUUCCUUCUCUCCUUCUAUAUAUUCGCUCAAUCUCUCUAGCUUCCAUUCUCCUGUUUGAAUUCUGCCUUUUUUUUUUCUUUAUGUUUUCUUUGCUAAUUUCUAUCAUAGAGUAUACAAUAUUAAAAAUAUAUUCAAGGGAGACAUAAUCUGAAACAUCUCAUGAUGAAAUCUAAUCAAAUAUAAUAAUGAAUGAAUUUUAUGUACAGAGAAUAUUUAUUUUAAAUGUAUAUAUUGUCAGCAGUUUGUAAUUAGUGUCAUUGUUAUUGUCACCUGUAUGUACUGUAGCUUAUUUUUCUCUUAAGUCCCCAGCAGUGGGACUAUAUGCACUGACUGGCAGUCUAGUCUGUCUGUGUAGUUAUUAAUGCAUAAAGUCUGCAUUUAACGCAGGGAUUGUUCAAAUCUUAAACUUAGGUUGUAGUGAAGUUUACCACAAAAGGGAAUACAGAAUAGCUGUGCUCUCUUGCACAAUCUAGUGGUCGCUAAUGGCUCUCCAGCAUUAUUUUGAGCAAGAUGUCAAAAUAAGCUGCAGCUGUUUGAACACAUAUUUCAGUGGGGAUGGGUCCUGGGCUCUGUGUGCAUUGUUUUAGCUAUAAAUUACUAUAAAGGGAAAGGGAAGCAGGAAUGUUGGAUGCGAUAGGGUGUUAGCAAAAGAAAGAGAGGCAACAAGUGCUUUUAUCUUUGCCUCAAGGGGAAGCAAGAGAUGAUUUAGUCCAUGUUAUGUCAUCUCUACUCAGCACAGCUGUUAAAGCUGUGACUGGUGAGUCAUUGUGGUCAUGACCUCUCUCCCGCUCAAUGAAUAGGUCUGUGUUUCUGCACUGUCCCGUCAGUCUGGGGAGAGCUUAUUCUCCUUUAAUUCUUUAUAGGGAGGCGAUCAGGCCGUAGACCUCAACUGCAGCAUGUUGUACUGUACAAACGAUGUUCUAACUGUGAACGUCAAGUCCAUGUUAAGGUGUCAUGUUAUUUAUGGUGUUCUGCAGACAAAUGCGACGUGGGACCAAGCUAGUCUGCGUUUGAUGCAGUAUUUUGUUGUGAUAUUGUUCUGUACCGAGAGAUGGGUUAUGUUGCACUGAUAUCACGUGUGUUGUGACAGAUGACAGUGUUGAUGGAUGUUGAUUGGAACACACAGACAUUAUGUGAGUGUAAAAGCCCUAACAAUGUUUGUCAGUGUAAAAUUAUAUGCAUCUCUCCCAAAUGUUACUUGUUAUUUAAACUGUAUAUGUCUAUGGAAAUGUAUAUGGAGAUGAAUAUGCAAAGAAAAACAUAAAGAUAUCACUCAAUGACCA